AUGAUAGCUUUCAUGAGCAUUGCCUUUCUAGUUGCUCUGUUCCUGCUCAACUCAGAUCGCACUCAGAAAGCCAUUGAGAUAUGUAGCGAAUGUUUGAUUCUGCUAAAUAACACCGAUCAAAACAGCAAAGACCAAUUUAAUUUACUACUGCUACAAUUUUACAACGCCUUCAAUUUACUUCUUUUCGGAGCUUAUCGUCGUAUCUCUGACUACAUAAGUGCGGAAGGAUACGGCAGGAAACUGCUUGUCUUAUACAGCGAGUCUGGUGACUUAGUAAAUGAAGGAAAUGUGAGCAUGGCUCUAGCAGAGAUUGUUGAGAGUCAGAACAGGUUUACAGAUGCCAAACAACUUUAUGAAAAAGCAGUUAAUAUAAAGAGACAAACCGGUGAAAAAAUUGGAGAAGCAAGCGCCUGCACAAGAUUCGGAUACAUGUUUCAUAAACUUGACAAGAACCUAAAAGCGAGGGAGUAUGUUGAGAGAGCCCUUGCCAUAAGAACCGAAAUUGGCGACAGGAGAGGAGAAGCAUCUUGUUACGGAAAUCUAGGAGCGUUGCUUCAGUCGCUUGGGGAAUGCAACAAGGCUAAAGAGUAUCUCCAAAAAGCUCUUCUCAUCAGAACUGAAAUUGGCGACAGAGAAGGAGAGGCAGCUGACUACGGAAAUCUAGGUACUGUGUUUCAGUUGCUAGGGCAAUACGACAAGGCUAGAGAGUGUCUCCAAAAAGCGCUUGUUAUCAAAUCUGAAAUUGGCGAUAGAAAAGGAGAAGCAUUAUGUUACGGAAACCUAGGUGCUCUGUUUAACUCCCUCGGGCAAUACGACAAGACUAAAGAGUAUCUCCAAAAAGCGCUUCUCAUCAGAACUGAAAUUGGAGAUAGAGAAGGAGAGGCAACUGACUACGGAAAUCUUGGUGCUGUGUUUCAGUCUCUCGGGCAGUACGACACGGCCAUAGAGUACCUCCAAAAAGCGCUUGUCAUCAAUUCUGAAAUUGGCGACAGAGAAGGAGAAGCAACUGACUACGGAAAUCUAGGUAUUGUGUUUCAGUCGCUAGGGCAAUACGACAAGGCUAAAGAGUAUCUCCAAAAAGCGCUUGUCAUCAAAUCUGAAAUUGGUGACAGAAAAAGGCGAAGCAUUAUGUUAUGGAAACCUAGGUGCUCUGUUUCACUCCCUCGAGCAAUACGACAAGACUGCAGAGUAUCUUCAAAAAGUGCUUGUCAUCAGAACUGAAAUUGGCGACAGAAAAGGCGAAGCAUUAUGUUAUGGAAACCUAGGUGCUCUGUUUCACUCCCUCGGGCAAUAUGACAAGACUGCAGAGUAUCUCCAAAAAGCGCUUUUCAUCAGAACUGAAAUUGGCGACAGAGAAGGAGAGGCAACUAACUACGAAAAUCUUGGUACUGUGUUUAAGUCUUUAGGGAAAUAUGACAAGGCUAAAGAGCAUCUCCAAAAAGCGCUUGUCAUCAGAACUAAGAUUGACGAUAGACAAGGAGAAGCAUCAUGUUAUGGAAACCUAGGUUCUCUGUUUCACUCGCUCGGGCAAAACGACCAGGCUAAAGAGUAUCUUCAAAAAGCGCUUGUCAUCAGAACUGAAAUUGGCGACAGAAAAGGAGAGGCAACUGACUACGGAAAUCUUGGAACUGUGUUUCAGUCGCUCGGGCAAUACGACAAGGCUGUAGAGUAUCUCCAAAAAGCGCUCGCCAUCAAAUCUAAAAUUGGCGACAGAAGAGGAGAAGCAUCAUGUUAUGGUAACCUAGGAACUGUGUUUGAGUCUCUCGGGCAGUACGACACGGCCAUAAAGUAUCUCCAAAAAGCGCUUGUCAUCAGAAUUGAAAUUGGCGAUAGAAAAGGAGAGGCAACUGACUACGGAAAUCUAGGUGCUGUGCUUUACUCGCAUGCGCAAUACGACAAGGCUAAAGACUAUCUCCAAAAAGCGCUCGUUAUCAGAACUGAAACUGGGGAUAGAAAAGGAGAGGCAACUGACUACGGAAAUCUGGGUGCUGUGUUUCAGUCACUCGGGCAAUACGACAAGGCUAAAGAUUAUCUGCAAAAAGCGCUUCUCAUCAGCACUGAAAUUGGCGACAGAAAAGGCGAGGCAGCUGACUACGGAAACCUAGGUACUGUGUUUCAGUCGCUCGGACAAUACGACAAGGCUAAAGAGUAUCAUGAAAAUGCGCUUGUCAUCAGAACUGAAAUUGGCGACAGAAAAGGCGAAGCAGCUGAUUUCGGAAACCUAGGUACUGCGCUUUUCUCGCUUGCGCAAUACGACAAGGCUAAAGAGUAUCUCCAAAAAGCGCUCGUUAUCAGAACUGAAAUUGGUGACAGAGAAGGAGAGGCAAAUGGCUACAGAGAUCUAGGUACUGUGUUUCACUCGCUCGGGCAAUACGACAAGGCUAAAGUUUAUCUCCAAAAAGCGCUUCUCAUCAAUUCUGAAAUUGGCAAUAAAAAAGGAGAAGCGUUAUGUUAUGGAAACCUAGGUCCUCUGUUUCAUUCGCUCGGGCAAUACAACAAGGCUAAAGAGUAUCUCCAAAAAGCGCUUCUCAUCAGAACUGAAAUUGGCGAUAGAAAAGGAGAGGCAACUGACUACGGAAGUCUGGGUGCUGUGUUUCAGUCGCUAGGGCAAUACGACAAGGCUAAAGAGUAUCUCCAAAAAGCGCUUCUCAUCGGAACUGAAAUUGGCGAUAGACAAAGAGAAGCAUCAUGUUAUGGAAACCUAGGUGCUCUGUUUCACUCGCUCGGGCAAAACGACCACGCUAAAGAGUAUCUCCAAAAAGCGCUUGUCAUCAGAACUGAGAUUGGCGACAGAAAAGGAGAGGCAACUGACUACGGAAAUUUAGGAACUGUGUUUCAUUCGCUCGGGCAAUAUGACAAGGCUAAACUUUAUCUCCAACAGGAGCUUCUCAUCAAAUCUGAAAUUGGCGAUAGAAAAGGAGAAGCAUCAUGUUAUGGAAACCUAGGUCCCCUGUUUUACUCGCUCGGGCAAUACAACAAGGCUAAAGAAUAUCUCCAAAAAGCACUUCUCAUCAGAACUGAAAUUGGCGACAGAGAAGGACAGGCAAGUGACUACGUAAAUCUUGGUGCUAUGUUUCAGUCGCUUGGGCAAUACGGCAAGGCUAAAGAGUAUCUCCAAGAAGCGCUUGUCAUCAAAUCUGAAAUUGGCGAUAGAAAAGGAGAAGCUUCAUGUUACGGAAACCUAGGUGCUCUGUUUCACUCGCUCGGGCAAUAUGAAAAGGCUAAAGAGUAUCAUCAAAAAGCACUUCUUAUCAGAACUGAAAUUGGCGACAGAAAAGGAGAGGCAACUGACUACGGAAAUCUUGGUUCUGUGUUUGAGUCUCUCGGGCAAUACGACAAGGCUAAAGAGUAUCUCCAAAAAGCGCUUGUUAUCAGAACUGAAAUUGACGAUAGACAAGGAGAAGCAUCAUGUUAUGGAAACCUAGGUGCUCUGUUUCACUUGCUCGGGCAAAACCACCAGGCUAAAGAGUAUCUUCAAAAAGCGCUUGUCAUCAGAACUGAAAUUGGCGACAGAAAAGGAGAGGCAGCUGACUACGGAAAUCUUGGUGCUGUGCUCGAAUCUCUCGGGCAGUACGACACGGCCAUAGAGUAUCUCCAAAAAGCGCUUGUCAUCAAUUCUGAAAUUGGCGACAGAAAAGGAGAGGCAACUGACCACAGAAAUCUUAGUAAUGUGUUUCAGGUGCUCGGGCAGUACGAAAAGGCUAAAAAGUAUCUCCAAAAGGCGCUUGUCAUCAAAUCUGAAAUUGCCGACAUAAAAGGUGAAGCAUUAUGUUAUGAAAGUCUAGGCACUAUGUUUCAGUCGCUCGGACAAUCUGACAAGGCUGAAGAGUAUCUCCAAAAAGCGCUUGUAAUCGCAACUAAAAUUGGCGACAGAAAAGGAGAAGCAUCUUACUACGGAAACCUAGUCAAUGUGUUUUGGUCUUUCGGGCAGUACGACAAGGCUAAAGAGUAUCUUGAAAAAUCGCUUGUCAUCAGAACUGAAAUUGGUGAUAAGGUUGGGGAAGCAGCAGUUCUUGCAAAGCUUGGAGUUGUGUCUAGAACUGUUGGAGAUUAUAAAACUUCGGAGGUAUGCUUGGAGAAAGCUUUAUCCAUAUCCAGAGAUAUUGGAAAUAGAAGAAAAGAGUUCCAAAUCCUUCAAGAGUACGCUAUUUUGUAUUUAUUUCAAAAUAAAAUCAAAGACUCCCUUUCGUGUCUUCAUCUGAGCAUUGGAAAGUAUGAGGAGCUGAGAGAUUUCUUGGGCGCCAAUGAUCAGUUCAAAACAUCAUUUCUGGAGAACUCAGGAAUAUUUCCCUACAAGCUGCUUUGUAGUUUGCUUUGUGCCACCGGAAAUGCUCGGGAUGCUCUUUAUGUUGAGGAGUUGGGUCGAGCUAGAGGCCUAUCAGACUUGAUGAAAGAGAAGUACUCGGUUGAAACGCACAUCUCUGCCAAUCCACAAUCUUGGUUUGGCAUUGAAAACAUUUUUAUUAAGAAAAAUAACUGUACUUGUCUGUACAUUUCUUAUUUUCACAAUCAUCUGCAUUUGUGGAUCUUAAAACCAAGUGGAGUGUUUCACUAUAAAAGAAUAUCACUAGAAGAGAAUCUAAUUCAGGCUGGGUUGCCUAAAGAUUUGCCUUUGAGUCAUCUUUUGAAUGAUAAUUUCCGGACUCUUGGUAUUUUGCCCAUUGAAGAUUGUGAAGAUCGGUCUUUAAAUAUGGUUGAAUUGCAACCUCUCUCCCCUGAGCAAAAGAGCUCACCAAGAUUGCGACUCGUGGAGGAGGACAAAGACGACGAAGUCAUUUCAAGUCUAUCUUUGUGUUACAAAAUGUUUAUUGCUCCCGUUUAUGAUUUGCUUGAGGAGCCUGAAGUGAUUAUUGUUCCUGACCGCAUUUUGUACAAAGUUCCCUUUGCAGCUCUGAGUGAAAAGGAGGGAGCCGAAUACCUGUCGGAGACUCAUAGGAUCCGUGUCAUUCCUUCUUUGACGACACUCAAGAUCAUUCAAGAUAGUCCAGAGGACUAUCACAGCAACACUGGUGCCUUGAUAAUAGGCAAUCCCAAAGUUAAUUGGCUGCCGCCAUUGCCAUGUGCAAGAAAGGAAGCGGAGAUGGUUGGACGACUGGUGGGCGUUCCCCCCCUGGUAGAAGAGGAAGCAACGAAGCAGGCGGUACUUGAGCGGAUAAGUUCAGUGAGCCUAAUACAUUUUGCUGCCCAUGGUAACGCCGAAAGGGGAGAAAUUGCCCUCUCCCCCAUUCCUACUGUCAACAGUCGAAACCCUAUCCCACCAAGAGAAGCUUACAUGUUGACGAUGGCUGAUGUCUCACGAGUCAAAGUCAGAGCCAAACUGGUGGUACUUAGCUGCUGUCACAGUGGAAGUGGAGAGAUAAGAGCUGAGGGAAUUAUAGGAAUUGCCCGUGCGUUCUUGGGAUCCGGUGCUCGCUCAGUGUUGGUUGCGCUGUGGGCCAUUCCAGACUCAGCAACAGAGAAGCUGAUGAGUCAGUUCUACAAACACAUUAUCAAGGGAGAAAGCGCCAGUGAAUCCCUUCAUCAGGCCAUGAAGUGGAUGAGAAAAAACGGCCUUACCAAAGUGUCUGGGUGGGCUUCGUUUACGCUGAUUGGAGAUGACGUGAGGUUUGAGUUUGGCGCGCCAAGGUAA